AUGCAGUCAGAGGCAGGAAAUGAAAAUUAUACCGAUAUCUUGAAUUUAAUAAAAACCUUUGAUAUCAAUUUGGCUACAAUCAUUAACAAGGCUCUUCAUUCAUCUCCUAAAAAAAGGCCCACUAUUCAGCUGGUGCUUAAAUGUUUCGAAAAUUUAUCAUGUUGCACUGAUGCUGAAUUUGAAAGUGCUGCAGCAAAAAUUCAAGAGCCUAAAAUGACUCCUUAUGCAAAAUAA